CCUUUGUUUUCAUAGUCGCGCGUGCACACACAUGCAUACACAUUAGCCAGUACACAGUCAACCUGACAAUGUUUGUCUCCAGAUGUGAUCAGUCCCUGGCAGAUGCUGCUGUUGUGUGUAGCUGUAUAUAUGGUUAAUGUCAGUAGAGGGCGCCAUUAGCAUAUACACAUAGACACAAGCAAGCAAACAUACACACAUCUUGUCCAGCUAGCUGUAACCGGCUAGCGAGUCUGUUGUCGAGUAGUUGACACCCUUCCUAAACCUCGGCAGCAGCGAAGCUGCACCGUCGAUAUGGCAAGAAAAUAUCGCUACAGUUUCCUAAAGAAUGAUGAACAUCUUCCAUGUCUUUUGGAAUGAUAUUCAUCACGCGAUGUGAUCCAAAAUCCACAAUGUUGCAAGCACCACAAUGGACAGAGUUCCUGCUGUGCCCAAUCUGCACACAGACAUUUGAAGAGACUGUUCGCCGGCCCAUCAGCUUGGGCUGUGGACAUACUGUCUGCAAGAUGUGCCUGAACAAGUUACACCGUAAGGCCUGUCCCUUUGACCAGACAGCCAUCAGCACAGACAUCGAGCAGCUGCCUGUCAACACAGCCCUGUUGCAGCUGGUGGGAGGCCAGGUUCCCAAGGCUCAACCAGUUGCCUUGAUUACCAGUCCAGAGGACUCUCAGCAUUAUGAGGAAGCCAGGCAGUGUGUGGAGGAGCUGGCUCUCUACCUCAAACCCCUUAGCAACACCCGAGGUGUGGGUCUGAGCAGCACAGCCCAGAGCAUGCUGAGUCGACCUAUGCAGAGGAAACUGGUAACACUGGUCCACUGCCAGCUUGUGGAGGAGGAGGGCCGCGUUAGAGCCAUGAGAGCUGCCCGCUCUCUGGGUGAGCGAACGGUCACUGAGCUCAUUUUGCAGCACCAGAAUCCACAGCAGCUCUCCUCCAAUCUGUGGGCUGCUGUCCGUGCACGAGGAUGUCAGUUUCUCGGUCCAGCAAUGCAGGAGGAAGCUCUAAAGUUGGUGCUUCUUGCUCUAGAGGAUGGAUCAGCUUUGUCCAGGAAGGUUUUGGUUCUCUUUGUUGUCCAGAGACUGGAGCCACGCUUUCCACAGGCCUCUAAAACUAGCAUAGGCCAUGUGGUGCAGCUCCUUUACAGGGCCUCCUGCUUCAAGGUGACCAAACGUGAUGAAGAUUCAUCUCUGAUGCAGCUGAAAGAGGAGUUUCGAACUUAUGAAGCUCUGCGGCGAGAGCAUGACUCUCAGAUUGUUCAGAUUGCCAUGGAGGGUGGGCUACGGAUUGCACCUGACCAGUGGUCUUCUCUGUUGUAUGGGGAUCAGUCUCACAAGUCACACAUGCAGUCUAUUAUAGAUAAGCUGCAGACGCCAGCAUCUUUUGCUCAGAGUGUCCAGGAGCUGACUAUUGCGUUGCAGAGGACCGGCGAUCCAGCCAACCUCAACAGGUUGCGGCCCCACCUGGAGCUGCUGGCCAACAUUGAUCCCAGCCCUGAUGCUCCUCCUCCUACAUGGGAGCAGCUUGAAAAGGGGUUGGUAGCAGUGAAGACAGUGGUGCAUGGCCUGGUGGACUUUAUCCAGAACCACAGCAAGAAAGGAGCUGAUCCUCAACAGCCUUCUCAGCACAGCAAGUACAAGACAUACAUGUGCCGUGACAUGAAGCAGAAAGGAGGCUGUCCUCGUGGGGCCAGCUGCACCUUUGCUCACUCUCAGGAAGAACUGGAGAAGUGA